AAAUGGUGGAUGAGUCUCCCAGCGGGGGCUGAUGCAUCCACAAGGACCCAAACUCGAGAACUUGCUUAAGCUAGAACAAGCCGCUUACCAGUUUACCCAACCCUCUCCUUGGUCUUUACUGUGUGUCUUGCAUUUGAAGAAGUGUACUCUUCCUCACGCUCCCUCCCUCACUGCAUCAGCAGAUCCAAACACUCCCCUAUCUCAUUUUCUAGAACUUUCUUCCGUCGGAAUUCUCCGGUUGUUUUCUCCGGCGAUUAUCAUACUAAUUGCAAUGCUUAAGCUCAAAGAAUCGCCAUUUCGUCUACUGCUUCUAUGUGUCUGUUUUGCGUUUGUCGGUGAAGCUUCAGUUCACCAGUACAACGCGGAGACGUUCGUGAGCAAAGGCAAUGCAUUCGUUGUUCACGGUGGAAGCGAAGGAAUUUACUCCUCCCUGACUGGUAAUAGCAAAGAAAGCGACGUCUCUGCUAAUGGGGAGUCUUACAUCCGUUUUGAAAAGAUUUCAUUCCGGAGAACUGAAGAGUCUUCCAACUUUAGCUCGGGGCCUAUUCAUGCCAUUGUUUUUGAGGUGGAAGACAGAGAGACAAUUGGGGGUUCAGCUUAUGGGGGUCAAAGAGCUGUAUGCUGUACUGCUGAUCUUGCCAAACUGGGUGUGUGUUUGCAAGGAGAAGUUAUUCACAGGCCUUCCAUAAAUGAUCCCAGCUGGCCUCAGGUUUUUCAUGUCUCAUUUAAUCAAGAUGAGUUGGUUGCAACAUUGCCAUCAAAGUCUUUACCUAUUACUAAAACUGGGAUGUACAACUUGUAUUUCAUUCACUGUGAUUUGAAUCUUAAAGACUUGAUUGUGGAGGGAAAAACUGUAUGGAAAAAUCCUACUGGGUAUCUACCUGGUAGAAUGGCACCACUGAUGAAUUUCUAUGGGCUUAUGUCACUUGCUUUUGUGAUCCUUGGGAUCUUCUGGUUCUCUCAGUAUGCAAGAUUUUGGAGAGAAGUUUUUCCUUUGCAGAACUGCAUAACAGUAGUGAUAACACUCAGCAUGUUUGAAAUGGCUCUUUGGUAUUUUGAGUAUGCCAAAUUCAAUGAGACUGGAAUCAGGCCAACUGGGAUCACCAUAUGGGCAGUCACUUUUGGUACAGUUAAGCGCACAGUUGCACGCAUCAUUAUUCUAAUGGUUUCUAUGGGCUAUGGUGUUGUCAGACCUACUCUAGGUGGUCUUACAUCAAAGGUUGUCAUGCUUGGAGUGACCUUCUUUUCAGCAUCCGAAGUUGUUGAGUUGGUGGAAAAUGUUGGUGCAGUUAGUGAUCUUUCUGGAAAGGCAAGGUUGUUUUUGGUUCUGCCUGUGGGAAUCUUGGAUGCUUUCUUCAUUCUGUGGAUAUUUACUUCCCUUUCUGCUACUUUAAAUAAACUUCAGGCUAGAAGGAUGCUGGUAAAGCUGGAUAUAUACAGGAAGUUCACAAAUGCUUUGGCAGUUGCGGUUAUUGUAUCUGUGGGUUGGAUAUGCUAUGAGCUCUACUUUAAGUCAAAGGAUGUCUAUAAUGAGCACUGGCAGAAUGCCUGGAUCAUCCCAGCCCUCUGGCAAGUCUUAUCUUUCUCUCUUCUAUGCAUCAUCUGUACUCUUUGGGCACCCUCUCAGAGUUCAACGAGGUAUGCAUUUUCCGGAGAAUCAAAUGAAGAAUUUGACAAGGAUCAUACUACUCUUACACUCAUCAAGCCAUCCCCGUUACCUUCCAAAGAUGUUCGAGAUGCAACAGAAGCUAGACUAAGUAAGAGCAACCAUGGAAUAUCAACUGGUGAUUCGGAAGAAGACAAAACAGAGUGACUAAAAACCAAAUUCUGUUACUGAACCUACUCCGGUGCUUAGUAAUCACUAGAUCUCUGUCUUUUUAUUGCUAUUUCAAUCCUCCAAUUGCUCUUAGAAUCAAGAUGAAAUGUCUGGGUGUUAAUCAUUACUACAAAAAGUCCAUAGCUGAGCUCUCAUUCUCUCUUUUUCAUUAUUUUUUUUCUUCUUAAUCCUGUUGUUGUAUUUUUGUCUUUUUGUUUAUUUAGUGAUUAAAUUUGUUCAACAAUUACUUCUAGAGUGGAGUCAAUCACCACCCCUGUACCGUCAUUUUCCACAUUCAAUAUAAUAUGAUCUGUGUG